GGGGUCGCCGCAGCGCGGUAGGAGCGGCCGGUUCCUCCCAGCAGCCACACCGUGAGAGGGAGAGUUUUUCUUCUCACAGCAGCAGCAGGGUUUUCUGACUGCACACACCGGAUAUUCAUCCCAUCAAAAACACACUCAGCGGCUGGAAGCGGCGAAAAGGACGGACGUUUCCUCGGUCGUGUAUCCCUCCCCAUCCCGUCUCUCUGACUCGGGCCUUCGUUGCUUUGUCCGGUUUUAUUUUUGUCCGGUCUUUACUUGACAGUUUCUCUGCGUGGCGCACUCAGGUUUCUUUCGCUGACAUGGUAGAUUAUCACGCUGCCAACAACCAGUCCUCGGCCGGAGGAGUGCAGACCUACAUGGAGCAGGAGAACGACUGGGACCGGGACAUGCUGCUGGACCCGGCCUGGGAGAGACAGCAGAGGAAGACCUUCACGGCGUGGUGCAACUCCCACCUGCGGAAAGCCGGCACGCAGAUCGAAAACAUCGAGGAGGACUUCAGGGAUGGGCUCAAACUCAUGCUGCUCCUGGAGGUCAUCUCAGGUGAGCGGUUACCCAAGCCUGAGCGAGGCAAGAUGAGGGUCCACAAGAUCAACAAUGUGAACAAAGCGCUGGACUUCAUUGCCAGCAAGGGAGUGAAGCUGGUCUCUAUUGGAGCAGAGGAAAUCGUGGAUGGAAAUGCCAAGAUGACCCUGGGAAUGAUCUGGACCAUCAUCCUGCGCUUUGCCAUCCAGGACAUCUCUGUAGAAGAGACCUCUGCCAAGGAGGGUCUGCUGCUGUGGUGCCAGAGGAAGACUGCGCCCUACAAGAACGUCAACGUGCAGAACUUCCACAUUAGCUGGAAGGACGGUCUCGCCUUCAAUGCUCUGAUCCACAGACACAGACCUGAUCUCAUCAAUUACGACAGCCUCAGGAAGGAUGACCCAUUGACCAACCUGAACAACGCCUUCGAGGUGGCCGAGAAGCACCUGGACAUCCCCAAGAUGUUGGACGCAGAAGACAUCGUGGGCACGCUGAGGCCUGAUGAGAAGGCCAUAAUGACCUAUGUAUCCUGCUUCUAUCAUGCCUUCUCUGGCGCACAGAAGGCUGAGACGGCCGCUAAUCGGAUCUGCAAAGUGCUGGCCGUCAACCAGGAGAACGAGAAGAUGGAGGAGGACUACGCGAGACUGGCCAGUGAUUUGCUGGAGUGGAUUCGUCGAACCAUCCCCUGGCUGGAGGACCGGACCCAGCAGAGGACCAUAAAUGAUAUGCAGGCGAAACAGGAAGACUUCAGGGACUACCGCUGCGUCCACAAACCACCCAAGGUCCAAGACAAAUGUCAGCUGGAGAUCGGCUUCAACACUCUGCAGACUAAACUGAGACUCAACAACAGACCUGCCUUCAUGCCAUCAGAGGGACGCAUGGUGUCUGACAUCAACGGAGCGUGGCACAAUCUGGAGGGAGCAGAGAAGGGCUACGAGGAGUGGAUCCUCAGUGAGAUGAGACGUCUGGAGAGACUGGAGCACCUGGCCAUGAAGUUCCACCAGAAAGCUGAGAUCCAUGAGUGCUGGACCGAUGGUAAGGAGGCCAUGUUGACCCAGAAAGACUACGCAACGUCCACCCUGUCGGACGUCAAGGCGUUGCUAUGGAAACACGAGGCCUUUGAGAGCGAUCUUGCUGCCCAUCAGGACAGAGUGGAGCAGAUUGCCGCCAUCGCACAGGAGCUCAACGAGCUGGACUACUACGACUCUGCCAGCGUCAACACUCGCUGUCAGAAGAUCCGCGAUCAGUGGGACGUCCUGGGGACCCUCACCCAGAGCCGCAAAGAGUCGCUGGAGACAGGAAGUGGGAGAAAAAAUUCUCUGAAAGAUAAUAGAAAUGAGUUAUUGUCACAGGUGUACAAAGCCUUCAGAUCAUACCUGGCUCUCGUGCCCAACAAAGUGUCCAAGUAUUUACUCUGUUCUGACAGUAAGUUUUAACAGCCACAGAUCAGUUGA